AAAAAAUUUGACAUUCUGCCGGCAUUGAAAAUCCUUAGUGUCUUCAGACAGAUGCUCUCCGUCAGAUUACUAGAUGCACAAACCCACAUAUGACUACAGAACUAAUAAGAAUUAGCGCAGUUGAGCGACUAGGAUUAUAUUCAUUAGGCAUUGACAAAAAUCCAGUUCCAUACAAAGACGACCAGAAGUAAACACAAAGAAAUCAAUUAAUCUGGGCGAGCUUGAAACAUAUAUAUUGGAUACUGAAUGUGGAGCUCUGUCCAAAGCAGACGUCACGUGGUGAGAAUGUACGGUAGAAGUUUACUGAAUUCUAAUGACUUCCAACUAAGUAGAAAAGCUCACAUUUUCGACCAAAUGUUAACCAUUAAUGUCCACUAAAAUUUUUCACAAUGUUUACAGAUUUUUCACAAUCGUCUCUGGGUUAUUGUCUGAAAACCUAGGUUUCGAAACUAAUUCGGCGUGUAUUUAGGCGAAAAGCAGACAUUUUGGCGCGUUUGUGCACUAUAUUCUAACGCAUAUUCCUCUAUGUUGGUUGUUUGGGUCUCGGAGUUCACACGUUUAUUAGACUACGCGCGUACGGUUAUCCAAACACUGAUUUGGUGUGCAUCUUUCGACGUUCCCGUCAGAGAUUUUAGGACAGAUGCAGCAGAAAACCUGUCAUUUACUCGGGUUUUGAUUCACAACAAAUUUCACUGAAAAUUUCCACAAAUACGGAAUUUUGACGAUAUAAAUAUGUAAUUCUCCAAGACAUUCCACUAAGGAGAAAUUCCAUGAAUUUCCUAGGUAAAAUACCUGUAUGUCUACUUUAGGUUUUAUACACCAGAAACUAGAGCUUAUUUUUUGCCCAUGAUUCCUAUAUAAUUCACAUUUUCUUAGAAAAUUCCGCCCACGUGAAAACUUGGCUGUCUACUAGGUACUCCAGUAAACAGCUGUUGCUUAUGAUGUACUUUAUGUUCAAAACUACUUCCUAUAUUUUACCUAAUCAAACCAAUUAAAAUCGCCAAGUCGGUAGACAAUAGAAGUAGUCUUUUUCCGAAAUAAUUUCCAUAUAUUGUAUUUCAAAAGAUGAUUUGUUUACGCUACCUCUAACUUGUUUACACAAUCUGGUAAGUCGCUAACUUCCAAGAUAAUUUUAGUAUUCAUCUGCCCAAGAGCUUUAAUACUGCAAGAAUAAAAGUACUUUUUGACACAACUUACUCGUUAUGCCUAGUUUUUUUUUAUCUGAGUAACUUUGUACUGGAUGGGUCGGAUGAUGAUAUGAAUGCAUUUCUAUAAGAACUAAAUGCCAAUAAGUCAUCAAAUGAAUACAUCUCGGUAGAUGACGAGUUGUUUGUGAUGACGAGUUAGACUACAACCAUCCCCCAUUUUUAAAGCCUGACAGUUAUUACAUAUAAUCUCCGAUUUACCUAUUCAGCCUCUUUAAACGAAAUAUUAGUGUACCAUACUGAUCAAUAUUGGCUGUAUGAAAAUUAAAAGUUCUUUCGAAUGUUAGUUUCAACUCAACAGCUGUACGUAAGUCAUCUGAAGGAAGAUUGUUUUCUGUAAUCACACAUAGGCAAUAAAAUGCUUCACUUUGUAUUUCGGCGAAGUCCAUUCUAGUUUUUCAUUAUUUACUUCUGCGUUACAUUUUCGUUCUUGGUAUACAACUGCUGGAAACAGCACGUAUUCCUCCCCUUUACGUAAUUGGUAACAGAAGCUUGUGUAUAGGUUAAAAAAGCAUUUUUUAAAACAGAACUGUAAACGUUACUUUCGAAAACCCAAAAGGUUCGUAGAUAACUCUAACUAGUAGAAGCGGCCAUUAUCUAAAAUUGUGAGUCAAUAUGUCGCUCCGUCAUACUAAAGGAGUUCCGAUUGGUAACUUACUUGGGAGGUGAUAUCAAUAAAUCCAAGUAAACGUAUGCAAAAAUGGAAUAGUAACGAUAGUAUCACGUAGAGAUUGCGAUACUAACUACGUUUGUUAUGGGGAUCCAUAUUUGACAGAAACAAUAACUAGUGGAAUAUAUUUAUGAUAUAAGAUAUGGAAAUUAUUUCGGAAAAAGACUACUUCUAUUGUCUACCGACUUGGCGAUUUUAAUUGGUUUGAUUAGGUAAAAUAUAGGAAGUAGUUUUGAACAUAAAGUACAUCAUAAGCAACAGCUGUUUACUGGAGUACCUAGUAGACAGCCAAGUUUUCACGUGGGCGGAAUUUUCUAAGAAAAUGUGAAUUAUAUAGGAAUCAUGGGCAAAAAAUAAGCUCUAGUUUCUGGUGUAUAAAACCUAAAGUAGACAUACAGGUAUUUUACCUAGGAAAUUCAUGGAAUUUCUCCUUAGUGGAAUGUCUUGGAGAAUUACAUAUUUAUAUCGUCAAAAUUCCGUAUUUGUAGAAAUCUUCAAUAAAAUACUUGGGUUCACGAAAACUAUAGUGUAUCUCUAUGACCAAUUUUGAUGGUUUUCGGAAGUUGGAGGAAAAGAUCUCUAGAUAGGUGUAAUAAACAAUUGACGUUUGUAAUUAUCGUGUCGCUCCUUAUCAUCAUCCUGUUUAAAAAUUUCUCUCUUGUCCGCAGACUUUUACAGGGUGAUACCUGUAAGUCUGUUCCUUCUAAGGCUGUUUAUUAGCAGCAAAUCGCUAGACAAUGUCGAUAGUAUAUCUCCAAACAGAAUUGUUUAAGUCGCAUGACGCAGUUUUGAGAUUAAGCUUAGCAAAUACAAACGUGCAUAUUGAGUUUGGGUUACCGUUGGUAUCAUCAUGUUUACGGCCUUUACUCACGGCUGUGCCAUACUCAUUAAAGACACGGCUCCUAAAUCUUUUAAUCAUCGGCAAAAGGUCUACUGAGAAUGACCUAUUAAGCUUGAGAAUUUACUAACAGACACCAAUAACUUUUGUCUCAGUCUGUUGUACAUCAAUUCUCUGUAAGAGUUAUGGACAUAGGAAGCAAAUACUUGUUAAGGAUUGGUCAGCAGCGUAAACCAUAGAACUCAACAAUCUUCACAAAUCCUCCAUGCUAAUGGUACUUUACUCAUUAAACAUAUAACUAUAUAUUAUUAGUACGAUACUGAAUGUGUUGAAUAUAUUUUUCUGUAAACGUGUAGUUAUGAGUCAUAGUGGAACUUGGUGGCGACGCACUGCAAACUCAAUUUUAUGUCAUCUGAGAUACAAAAUGAAUUGUUUCAUUGCAGUGUAUGUGAUUUAAAAAUCAGGUAUGAUUACAAGGGUGAUAAGCCUCCAUUCUUCAAAAAGGAUAUAAAGAUUCUAGAAAGUGUAUAUUGUAUUCGUGAUCCGUUUGCUGACGAUAAUUUGGGUGGGAUUAUACUAGGUGGUGAUUGUAGUGUGUGCAGGAGAAGUGUUUGCAUUUCUCAAGAUUGCUCCACAUACAACAUGAAACGAUACUGCAUCUGUUGUGCGAAAAAUGAACAUGGCAGCAGUUGAUGACACGGUCUGUACAGAUUGCUAAAGUGAUAAUUAUUCGUGUACGUAUGUAUGUUUCUUGGUGUUAAUUAUUUUUUUGUGAGUACUUGUUAUGUCAAUUAAUGUGUUCAAUUGUUAAAAUAAUAAACAUAGGAAGCUACAUUUGAUUUCAUGUUUU